CGGGGGGGACGGGGGUGUUGGAGGGGUCUGCCUUGCCCCAACGUCCGCGCCUGACGGUCGUCCAUUGGUUGUUUGCAUUCGAACUACAUUUCCCAGGAGGCCCUGGGAUUAGACUGGCCGUAGCUGGAGAAGUGCCAGCCCGUCAUGGAUGACUGGAGCCAGCCUCUUACCUUCCGUCUUCCAGGCAGAGCCACAGAGAGACAGGCUGCAGCCGUCCUGGCCUCCCUCCGGCCCUGAGAGCUCCCCAGGCCCAUCUCAAGUGUUACCGUCUCAAGCGCAGAUUGCCGGCUCUGAACGGGGAGACCAGGCUUCUGCACCGGAAACAAGGCACCGGUUGUGACGUGACAGCUGCAGAGCGCCCGACCUCCCAGAAGGCACCGCGUCAACGCAAUUCUCCUCAACUGGUCACGGCGCGAACGAAUAUUCGCCGGUGACCUGUGAGGGCACUCGGAAGGGCGAGGGGAGGGCUCGGCCGCUCGCGCCUAGUUUUUCUAUCUCUCCCGGAGCCUGAGUCUCUGAGCCGUCCCCAGCAAACGCUCAGGGGCUGCAGAGGCCCCGAGAGGUGAGGGGCUCCGUGAGGGCGGGAACCAGGCUGAGACCGCCUCUGGGGAACGGAGCGUGUCCGUUGCUGAGGGAGAAAGGCCGGGUAGGGAGCCUGGUGGGCGCCUCAGGCAGGGGCGCACGCUGAGCUUUACGGUAAAGGUGUUCCUUGACCAGCGGAAGAGGCCCCAGAGUGAGCCUGGCCCGGCGGGCCUUAGUGGGAUGUCGCCUGCCGCUCUCAGCAGAGCUUUGACGGCGGAGAGGAGUCGGCAGGCGGUGUGUGGACCCCUCCUCGGCCUUGCAUCUGCUCCCCGGGAGAGUCACCAACCGCCUCCCCGCCCAAAGGGCACCGGAGGGAGCUUCGGUUCGAGGGGUACAGUAUGGCCAGUUUCAGUGACCAACCUGCUUCUAGGCGGAUGUCCUCGCUUGGCUCUCUGGCAGAUUUCCUCUAGUAAGAGGUGGCUCUGGAGGCCCCGCGAAACGAGCGUGGUGUGUGGUUGCAAGGCAUGAUGGCUGCAAAAGUGGUUCCUAUGCCCCCAAAGCCAAAGCGGUCCUUUAUACUGAGAGUUCCACCAGACUCCAAGCUGGGCCAAGACCUACUUCGAGAUGCCACUAAUGGGCCCAAGACCAUCCACCAGCUAGUGUUGGAGCACUUCCUCACCUUCUUGCCCAAGCCAAGCCUUGUCCAGCCCAGUCAGAAAGUCAAGGAGACCUUGGUUAUUAUGAAAGAUGUGAGCUCAAGCCUUCAGAACAGAGUGCAUCCUCGUCCCUUGGUGAAGCUUCUGCCCAAAGGAGUCCAACAGGAACAAGAGACAGUGUCUCUGUAUUUGAAAGCUAACCCUGAGGAACUGGUGGUCUUUGAGGAUUUGAAUGUAUUUCACUGCCAGGAAGAAUGUGUGAGCUUGGAUCCUACUCUCACCUCAGAAAAGGAAGAAGACAGCAGUGUCGGGGAGAUGAUGUUGCUGGUCAAUGGCAGUAAUCCUGAAGGUGAAGAUCCUGAGAGGGAACUUGUAGAAAAUGAAGAUUAUAGAGAAAAGUCUAUAGAUGAUGAUGAAAUGGAUUAUUCCUUGGUCUCUCAGCAGCCUCCAGAUAACCAGGGAAAGGAAGCACUAAAUACAUCCAUUCCACAAAAAAGGAAAAUGAGAAAUCUGUUAGUUACCCUUGAGAAUGAUGCUCCUCUAGAGGAACUCUCAAAAUAUGUAGACAUCAGUAUUAUUGCACUUACUCGAAAUCGGAAGACAAGGAGAUGGUACACUUGUCCACUGUGUGGGAAACAGUUUAAUGAAAGUUCUUACCUUAUUUCCCACCAGAGGACUCACACUGGAGAAAAACCCUAUGACUGCAGUCACUGUGGGAAAAGCUUCAAUCAUAAAACAAACCUCAAUAAACAUGAGCGAAUUCAUACAGGAGAGAAACCUUAUUCCUGUUCUCAGUGUGGAAAAAACUUUCGUCAGAAUUCUCAUCGGAGUCGUCAUGAAGGAAUCCAUGUAAGGGAGAAGAUAUUUAAGUGUCCAGAAUGUGGGAAAACCUUCCCAAAGAAUGAGGAAUUUGUGCUUCAUCUGCAGAGUCAUGAGGCUGAGAGACCAUAUGGUUGCAAAAAAUGUGGGAGAAGAUUUGGUCGGCUGUCAAACUGUACCCGGCAUGAGAAAACUCACUCAGCCUGUAAGACUCGAAAGCAGAAGUAAUACCAGGAAAGGGGUCUGAUGGUGCUGCCUCAACCUGAGAGCUUUCAUAAGUAGUUCUGAAUUCCCAGGCUGCCUAAAAAGAUAUAAAUAUGUAAAAAUCUCAUUACUGUCAAAAUUGGAUAAAUGCCCAUCUUGGCUAAAACCUCAAAUUGCUAGAAAAUUCACAGGGAAGAAAACAUUUCAAGGGCUAUACGUCAGCAUCUAGGCUUUCUGGACUAAGGACCUUUCCUUUUUGAAGUCAUAUGAUAAUGUACAGGUCACAGAUCCCUUUCCCAAGACUUUGAAGAUGAAUCUGGAGUCUGCUUACUUGCAAGGCAAAGAGUGACUUGUGUCUAUUGGAAGUAUAUCCAUUUUCCCCCCACAUGGGGAUUCAUACUUGAGAAAUAGUGCAAAGAUGCUUAUCUGGAACUGUGUUCUCGUGAAAGAACCAAACUACUGGCUUGUUGAGCCAACAGCUUCUGAUAGCAAUUCAUAUAACCCUCUAAGAACACCUGUUUUAAGUCUUGAGUGUUGAAAGGAAUUGUUUACUUUGGAAUAUAGGAAAACAACAAUUGAAUGUCAGACUCUCAUUUGUAUGUGAUCUAAAUUUGCUAUCAUUUUCAAUAUUUGCAAUUUGUGAUAAAAUUGACUUUUACAGAUUCCUUUUCACAACAUAA